AUGGACCUGCAGAGAGGACAUGACAAAGAUUACCAUCUGUUUGUGGACCUAAUUAAAAAGAUGAUGGAUACAGACCCAGAGCAACGCAUCAAACCCCAUGAAGUCCUGCAACAUCCCUUCACGACUGAAAUAGUCCCCCAAAGAUCUUUUAGGGACACAACGGUCAUAAUGGAGUCCGGGGUUGCAGUACUUAUGGACACUAUCUGCUCUGAAUACCACCAACCUGAGGAGGGGAAGACUAAAGAAGAGGAGAUUUGGAGAAGUACCCAUCUGUCUGCAGAGUAUGAGGAGACGAAGAACAACAGCUAG